GACAUCAACAUCAGUCUAAAAUCAAACAUGCAUUCAGAUACUGUAUGGAUUGGACUAUUAGCUCUUGUAGCCAGUAGUAGCAUUCGUUCACUAUUGGCUUCUACACUUGCAUUUGAGCCCUAUUCGGAGCGUUUGGAACUUUCGCAAAUGGCAGAUGGUAAAGUCUUGGCUCAGUUUGCAUUCACUACUCUGACAGACUUGUCCAAUUCUGCUAGUCAAGAUAAUCAUUACGGUCUGCUGCCUCGAUCUAUUGGCGAAGUGGUUCAGACAUUUGAUAUUGAUGAACUGCAUUUGACAUUUACUCAAGGACGAUGGAGUUAUGACCGAUGGGGUCAUUCUGACUUUACUGCUCCAAUUGGGGUCGAACUGUGGGCAUGGUUCAACUCAACCAGUCCAGAUACUAAAUGGAAAGGCUUGACGAAUGCUCUUGCUGGGCUGUUUUGCUCAUCACUCAACUUUCUUGAUCAAGCUGUCACUUCUCAACCAUUGCUGUCAUUUCUACCGUCUGGAUCUCACUCCAAACGAGAAGGAUUGCAGAUUCGAUAUGGAUCGCUUCCUCGUGAGGCUGUCUGCACAGAGAAUCUGACACCUUGGAUAAAGUUAUUACCAUGUCAAGCCAAAUCUGGACUUGCUUCGCUUUUAAAUGCAUACAAGAUAUUCGAUGGCAAUUUUCAAUCCAUUGGUGUCCAUAUUCAACCCAAGUGCAUGACUCCUGAUUGCGUGACUAUGGGUGUCGAGUAUCGUCAGACAUUUGCUGUUGUUUUGGACCCUAUUCGCACCAACUCUCAGAAAGAUUGGUCACUGGAGUCACUGUUUGAUCGUACCUUUCCCAAAGCCUGUCCAUUUUCCCUAUCGACUACAGUUCAUUUGGAUAUUUUAAACAUUCAGCCUGAUACCGUUGUAAUUUUACCAGAUCCACACAUUGACCAAUCCACCUCCACUGCAGUGUCUUACACAUACCAUCUUUCCACUGAUCCUUUCCAACUCAACGUUCGUUGGAAUGAUGCUACUGUCAACUACCGCAAUCCAAAACUUGCUCCAAUUCAAACACAUCGGUAUCUAAGUGGGGUUGGACAAGAACAUGGUGGUGUGGUGAUUGUCUUUAUCAAUGAUUUAGAUGUUCCCAUGGCUGCUACAUAUAUGGACUCUAUUCCUUGGAUCAUCAAAUUAUUUAUGCAUACAUUUAAAGUCGAGUUGGAAAAUCCGUCUUCCAACAUUUCUGACAUUAUCCGUCAAACCUAUUAUCAACCAGCAAUUGAUCGUAUACGACCCAACGUGCUUGAACUUGAUUUGGUACUUGGACCUAAAUCCAAAACAACACUGACGUUUGACUUUGAUUACACGUUUCUCAAGUAUACCGAGCAUCAUCCAGAUGCCAACCAUGGAUUUGAGCUAGGGUUUGGUGUGCUUACACUUUUUCCCGACUCUGGUUUGACUUUUGACAAACACCAUAGUCAAUCUGAUCAACGCCGGAUUUACACCGAGUCGUUGUUGGUGCGCCUACCUACACCCGACUUUUCCAUGCCAUAUAAUGUGAUUACCCUGACAUGCACGCUGUUUGCCCUGUUUUUCGGGUCAGUGUUUAAUGCACUUACAAGAGAGUUUAGGCCAGUAGAAGUAACUGGUGGCAAAGUAUCACCUUUACAACGGAUAAAGACUAUGCUAAAACAAAGUAUACAUGCAUUUGUUGGCAUGAUAUCCAAGACUGUUGCUAGCAAGCCAGAAUAAAGCAGAAUCCAUUACAACU